GAUGCUCGCCCGGGUCUCGUCGUCCUUGCACGUCGUCCGAUCGAUCCAAGCGCGCAACAUGAGCCACACAACGUCGCCGCCCAAGGCUGCGAUCUGCGUCAUUGCGAACGAAGUGCUGAGCGGCAAGACGCUGGACACGAACAGCAACUACCUCGCCAAGUUUCUCUUUCGCCGUGGCAUUGACCUCGCACGCAUUAGCGUCAUUCCUGACGACGCUGAGGUGAUUGCCGAGACGGUGCAGUCGUUCGUCAAGCUCGUGGGGCCGACGGGCUACGUGUUCACGUCGGGUGGCAUUGGCCCGACGCACGACGACAUUACGUACGAAAGCAUCGCCGCCGCCUUUGAUGUGCCCAUGGAAGUACAUGGCCCUACGCGCGACGACCUCAAGCGCUUCCUCGAAGCCAAGGGCCAAGAACUCAACGAAGAUCGUCUGCGUAUGGUCACAUUUCCGAAAGGAGCCAACGUGCUAAAGACAUCGACGUGGGUGCCGAUUGUGGCCGUCGAGAAUGUGUACAUCCUGCCGGGCAUUCCGCGUCUCUUGCAUCAAAUGAUCGAGUCCAACGAAGACCAUUUCCAGGGUGUCCCGAUCUUGCAAGCCAAGGCGCGGACGCACCUCUUUGAAGGUGCCAUCGCUGCGGGCCUCAAGAAGAUCCAGAACGAGUACCCGUCCGUCAUGAUUGGCAGCUACGUCAACACCAAAGAGGACCAUAUUGACGUCGAGAAGCGCUCGUUCCAAGUCCAAGUCACGCUGUACAGUCGCAGCCAAGCCUCGAUUGAUACGGUGCUGCCGCUCAUCGUCCAGACCAUUGACGGCUGGGUCGCGCCCACAGACGAAUAGAGUCUAGCGCUAAAACGUAAAGAAGCAAUCAGUCUUAUGUUGG